AUGACCAACUUGAAGAAUGAGUUGGCGGUUUCCGAUGGGGCGCGCACGUUAAUUCCCAAUGAGCCAAACGAGGGUGCUUCAUUAGAUUGCAUUAAUAACGGUGCGGCUGGGGGCGAUGUAUCCGAUCAGAGUAUUUUACCUUAUAGAGAGGCUGUGCACAGACUAUGGCUUCAUAAUGGCGGAAAGUCUAAACCAAAGCGGAAACGAGUACCCUCAAUACGCGUUCCAAAGCCUCGUGACGCUUUCAAUUUACCACACCUAAAAAGGGAAAAGGACAAAGAGGAUGCGGAAAAACCCAUAGCCUAUCUUGCCAAGAAUUUUCAAACACGGGCCGCCGCGCCAACAACCUGCCACGUCAACGCCUCCCUCACCACCAAGGAGUCCAAAGGCCGCCAUGUCGACGCGAUUCACAAGUACUUCCAGUAUUACCUGCCCGAGCACCCCCCUGCGUACACCUCGAAAGAGGUCUACUUCCGCAUGGCCGUCCCGGAGGACCGCAAGGAGUGGUCGCGGCUGCUGCUGGCCUCCUGCGCGGGGCACAUCGCGGGGAUGGAGCUGCAGCGCGCGGCGCUGGAGGCGUCCUGUCGCAUCGUCGCCGUGCGCGCGGCUGACGAGGCCCUGGUCGGGCUGGCCGCGAUGCAGGGCCAGGGGUGGCUCUCCUUCAUCGCCUGCGACGCGAAGUACCGGCGGAAGGGACUCGGCUCCUUUUUGCUUUUCCUCGCCCUGGAGUGGCUGCGGGUACGGCAGGGCACAUCUGCCUCCUUGACCCCAAUAAACCGCACGGUGAUGGCGUUUUAUCGUAAAUGGGGAUUUCAGGCUUUUCAAGCGGAGGGUUGUACUCUCGGGCGCCAAAAGAAGAAGCUAGACCCAUCCGAUGUCGUGAUGGAGCGGAAGAUCGACACAGAGGUGUGUUUACUUCCCAAUGGUAAGCCACUCAAGUUUUACCUGCGAAACUACGAUUCAACUGGCGAAGUGCGUAAUACAUCUCCGUGGAUUUACUACUAUUACACCCCCAAAUUAAACAACCCUUCCUAA